GGUUUGGGAGGGGCAGACAAGGAAAUUUAGUUUCAUCCUUUCAGUAGUUUUGUUCCUGUCGUUAAAGAAGAACUGAAUGUCUGCGCUGAAAAUUGAAAAAAUGUAUCAAAUAUACAUCGGAUUUUGUGUGAGUUUGUCACUCUUCUUUGGAGUCUCUGCACGGAUCUAUAAAGAGGGAGAGAAGAUAGAAAUUCACUGCGACCCUAAACCGUCCGGCACCUUGACGUUCUGGUUUCGAAUAAACAGUAAAGGCGCAGACUAUUUAUUCACUGUUAGAAAUGCAGAUGUAAAGGAUAAAAGCUCAAGUUUGGAACAAUUCACUAUCAACAACAACAAUGGUAAGGUACGCUUGGACAUUAAGGCGUUCAAGAAAAAGACAGACAGUGGCGUUUACACCUGCGCAUCCAUGAACAGCAAUAAACUCUUCUUUGGAGAGAUGACUGAAGUUGAAGGAGAACCAGAUCCAACAACCAAACCUCCAAAAAUUGUUACAACAAAGCCGCUCCCAGUGACUGCUACAACAAAAUCGUGUUUGUGCAAAAAAGAGCUGAAGCCCCGUUUCAUCUGUGAGAUUUGGAUAUUGUCGUCUCUGGCCGCUGGCUGUGCUCUUCUCCUCAUUCUGCUGAUCGUCACAAUUUUGUACUGCAACCGUUUAAGAACAAGACGGUGUCCCCACCAUUACAAAAGACAACCUCAACCCAGACAUGCUGGCCAUGCGAAACUGCCCAACAACCACUUCUAGCUCCAGUAAAGAAGCCGGAAAGUUUUCGUUGGAUACGUUUUCGUCUCAACAAGUACAUUUAAAAGCGAUUUCCUCCUUCAGGAUUAUUCAGUCCGUAGAACAUUAAAUCUUAAGCUUCCAAAAUGAAAAUGUUCAAAACAUUAAGAUUUCUGUUUCUGUGAAUUUAUAUGAUUUUUAUAGUUCUUUUUGUAUCUGUUACUGUUACAUCUAAUACACCGACAAUAAUCAGAUCUUUUCUUUAUGUGGUUUUUGAUAAUCUUAAUCUGUUCCUGGUGAAAUAUUUUAUGUUUUGCUUCAAUGUAGGUUUAUUAAUUACAGCUUAUUUUGGCUUAAUUUGAUGUCAAAAAUGACCAUAAAUGCAUUUGCAGCAAGUGUAGCUUUAAAGUUCAAAGUUGUAUAAUUGUAAAGUUUAAAAGAGAUUUCUGCCAUCUGCUGGCUGUUAGUGAUAUGAAGAACCUCAGAUCAGUGGCAUACAUUAUGUGCUGAGCUUCUCAGAACAAACUGCUUUCCUGCUGAUGUCUGUUUCUACAACAUUGAAUUGUAAAUAAACUAAAUUCAAUUGAAGAAAAAGGCUCUUGGAUAAAGUAAUAGGCCAAUAUCAUGCAUCCAUAGUGACAUGAAGAAUUUAAAAUAACCAAUUUCAUUAUAAAUAACCCAUAGGUGACAACAAAAACCGUCAAUGGUCACAUGCCAAAGAAUAAAGUAAAUUGAAAAUCCUGGGGUAUAUACACCCAUUAAACUGUUUAUUUUAUUUCAGUAGGCCUAUGUACUUUUUAAUCUUCCAGAAAUCCUUAAUGAAUGUGUAAAUACAUUGCAGGCUUGAUCAAUCUAAAUAAAGAUGGACUAAUCAGUUAUCAUUAGGGUGUAACGGUACACAAAACUCACGGUUCGGUACGUACCUUUUUGAAGUCACGGUUUUGAAGUCACGGUUGGGUAUGGUUUUCGAUACAGCAGGUGGGGAGAAAACUAAACAUUUUUUUUAAUUAUUAUUAAACAAUGGUUUACCGAACAAAUUGUGUUUUUGUCUUUAAAUAUAUUAAAUUAAAUUAUAACUAAAAGUUUCUUAAGGAUAAAAAAAUUAUCUCUGCUAGUGCAAUAAACUAUGUAGGGAGCCCUUACUUGAACAUUAUGCUACUAUAA